CGGGUGCUGCUCCUAGGGGCCUCCGCCUAGAUCGACUCAGCCUAAAAAAACGAGUGUCCUGGCGCGAUGCGUAAACGCCGCGGCUCGGGGGACAAAGACGGCGACCCGGGCGUGGUGCUGCUCGCCACCCACAACCCGCGCGCGGCUCUUCAUCGGUGCUGCUCCUCGCUAACAGCCCCAACAGUCUAUUAAGGCUACACGGGGAGGGCGUAGGGUGUGGGGUGUGAGCGAGUUGCAUUUAUUUAUUUUAUUAGUUUUUAACGAUCCACAUCAUCAACAAGACGCGGGCCGUCUCACCGCUGCUGCUGCCGCUGCCGCUACGACAUCUCGCCCGCGCGUGCAGCCGCGCUCGGAGCGCAUGGACUCCGCUACGGUGGAGUCGAGCAACAGCUAAGCUGGGGCUCCAGCACAGAUGCCUCGCCCUGUGAAGGGGCCCUCCCAGCCCGGCGGCGGGGAGGACAGCGCAGAAGCCGAGGAGACCGGGGGCGCAGAGGGGGCAGGGGCCGACAGGGACGCGUGCUGCUUCUGCUGGUGCUGCUGCUGCUCGUGCUCCUGUCUCGCGCCCCAGGGCGAAGAAUCGCCGACGUCCUCUCGGAAGAACUCACACACGACGCGCACCGAGGACUGCACCGACUCGGAGGCCACGAGCGGGCGGGCCGGUGCGGACGAGGUGCUGGCGUGGGGUCGGUCGUUCGAGCGUCUCGUACGCAGCCCCACGGGCCGCGCGCACUUCCGCCACUUCCUGCGCGGCGAAUUCAGCGAGGACAACCUGCUCUUCUGGCUUGCGUGCGAGGAGCUGCGAGUCGGCACAGACGAGGCCUCCCUACCCGAGCGCAUGAGGACCAUCUAUGAGGAGUACAUUUCCAUCCUUUCGCCCAGGGAGGUAAGCCUCGACUCGCGCGCCCGCGAGGCCAUCAACGAGGGGAUGGAGGAGCCGGACUUGGGCACGUUCGACGAGGCGCAGCAGCAGAUCUACAUGCUCAUGCAGAGGGACUCGUAUCCGCGCUUCCUCGCCUCCGAGCACUACCGCUCGCUGCUCCAGGGCGCCCCCGACAAGAGCACGGCAGCCGUCUCGCCGUGCGUGGACACCAGCCCCACGGUGGUCAAGCCGUGAAUGGGACUCUCUUAAAAUCCCUUUUCUGCAGGGACUCGCGCCCCAUAAACCCGAGGCGACGCUAUCACGGGAUUUGACUGUGCACUCUCAAGGACAGCAAUCAUAUGGUGGCUCACGCCGUGGCCGAUUGGGUCAUCACGACUGGUGCACGCCUGCAAGGAUUGUUAAGUUAUAUUCAGGUAUAUAAUAGUAAAAGAGGACCGUGACCAAUAAGUGGCAACCGAGAAGCCAUACAAAUCGUGCAUUAGCUCAUAUACGUCACCUCUAAAUAUAUUAAUACAUAUACGUACCCUACUACUCCCGUUACAUAGUACUGUGCUUGCAUGUUGACCUUUAAACACAAGGAUGGCGUAGGGACAAAAUACAUGUCUCCGCAUCAUGAUAUUUAAACAAAUCAUACGGGAUUUAAAAACAAUUGCUGUUGUUAGAUAUUGGCCCACAGGGCCCAAAGGUGAAUAAUUAUUUUUAUGAGGAGAGAUCAACUUUUGUCUGUCCAUGUUACCCAUGAUUCCCUGCAGUAGUAUAUGAUUUUUUACAUGUAAAUUAUGUAUUUGCUUUGACAUAGUGUAUACAUACACAAUUAAACUUUUUCAUAUUUAAUAUGGUCACUCUUAUCCAUGCCAUAUGGGUGGUGUUCCUUAAUUUCUCCUGUCUGCACUGUGUAUCCAGCAUUAUAUUUUUAUAACAAUAAUCAACCACAUUGGCGCAUCUCAAUUCAGUCUAAGUGGUUGCUCAUGAAAUGGUCAUGGGGAAAAAGUAGAAAAUAAAUAUUUAAAUAACUCCUCUUGAAACCGCUGUGCCACUCUAAGCUCCCUCCCGACUCUACCUCUCGCUUCAAAAUUCUGACCCCCCCCCCCCAUACUUGACCCAAGCCCAUUAACUCCCCUUCCCCCACACCCGAUGUCUCUCUGCACACAUCCACGCAAUGUGCCAACUGUCAAAAACUCCAAAGUAGUCUGCAAUCACUUCCAUGAAGCCAAGAGGCAAAAGCUGGCUUGAAGUGGCCCCUACCACUCUUAAUAAGCCUCCGCUCUGCACCAUCUCAGAGAAUGCUUCACAAGCUCUGGUGGGAAUUUUUUGUUAAUAAUAUAAUCACUGUUCUCAUGCCUGUAGGAGGUCAAAAAAGCUUUUAUACGUUUGCGUGCCUGACCGACAUCUUGUAUGUUAAGCAGUAGCUUAGGCACACUGUACCCAAUACUGCGACUUAGAACAUCGGCAAUACAUUAACAAACACCUUGACUGUACAUGACUGAGUGUACUUGUGGUAAGUACUUUCGUUCCAAGAACAAUCACAUAUCAGUGAGGUGGUGUUGUCGUGGCCAGAGCUAAUGUGGAAAAGGUGAAAAACGCUGCGCUAUUUAUAAA